AUGGCAUCAUCAAACACUCGAACGCUGAAAGUGACGGGACUCGGUCAUUCCAUCAGUUUUGAUAUGGAAGACACUUCCACCGUCGCCGAUUUGCAAACAGAAAUUUCCAAGAAAACCAAAAUUCCAGCUAUUUAUCAACGGUUAUUGGCAAGAGGCAAGAAAUUUGACAUUUCCAAUCUGACUCUGGCAGAAGCAGGGAUUGAGCAUCGGACGAAAAUAAUUCUUAUGCACAGCGCUAUGUACGCCCAAGAAAAGGAAGGAUUUGAGGUGUUGUCGAAAUUGUCCGAAGAAAUUGACGAUCUCCAUGCGAAGAAGGAUUCGACUCCAACCAACGAAAUGAGCGAGUUUAUUACAAGAAUAUGUUGCAAGCUGGAUGAGGUGGAUGUGAAGGGGUCCGAAAAUCUAAGAGCCCAACGAAAAGAGCUUAUACGUAAAGCUGAGAGUAUGGAUACAAAUAGCAAUGAUAAAAGUUGA